CUCCUUGGUGGGUGUUGGUAACCCUAGCUAUUUUGUAUCCUUUUUCCAAAUCCAGUUCACUCUGCUUUAGGAAGAUUCAUACAUUUUGCAAUUCUAGUCCUACAUUCAUGGCUUCCUCUUCCUCCUCUCCUCUGGCAAGAUCGAUUGUAUCUGCUAAACUGUAUGAUGUAUUCAUCAGUCAUCGAGGCCCCGAUGUCAAACAAACCCUUGCUAAACAACUGUAUGACCUUCUUCAGGAAAGAGGGUGUCAGGCAUUUCUAGACCGUGAAGAGAUACAAGGGGGAGACUCUAUUCCAUCUGCCAUUCACAAUGCCAUAUGCUCAUCUGUUGUCCAAAUAGCCAUUUUUUCAAAAGGGUAUGCAGAAUCUUCAUGGUGUUUGGACACGCUGGUUAUUAUGCUACAACAAACCGAUGCCCUGUUUAUUCCUGUUUUCUACGAUGUCAAGCCAUGGGAGCUACGGUACCUCCAGAACGAGAAGUCACAGUAUGCUGCUGCAUUUUUUGAUUAUCAAAGGCAAGGCAGGUAUCUUGAUAAGCUUCAUAAAUGGAAAAGCUCGCUUGAAUCUGCUUCAAAUAUAUCUGGUUAUGAACUUAGCCAGUAUCAAGAGAAGAAAAAGGAUUUCAACAAAUCCUGACAGAAACAAAGGGCAGGUGUUUCCAUUCGUUCUGGGAUUUGUCCCUUGGGAAGAAAAUUACUUAUUUUAUAGGUGGUUUAAAUGACUCUGUUGAGACUGGCCUCCUGUGGCUUGACAUACAUUCCGAUCCUUACCUUAAUGACAAAUUAAAAUGCAUUCCUUCCUGGAUUCCUCUACGAAAACUGCACAAGUUGUCUGUUAACUACGUGGGAGAUUUGUGGAGCAGUUUUCAGAAGCAGUUGCAGACCAAUACCCAGGUAUUUCGCUAUUCUUUGCUGGAAGUUAAUUCUCCCUUAACGGCAAAGCAUACAUUUCAGAAUACUUGUUUAGCGAAGAUUGUUUGCUACAGAGAACUAAUUCAUUAUUUGAGAUUAAUUGUGAAUGCCAGGCCAGUUUCGAGUUGAAAGUGCUGAAGAUUCCCUACUCUCCAUCGUUGAAAAAGCUUCCAGAUUUAAUAGCAAUGUUCCAUCAUUUGGAAGAAUUAUACAUAGGCCAUUCCUUGGAGAAGACAGAUUUAACAUCCUUUGUGCAUUCACUUAAACAACUUAGCAAUCUUAGAUCAUUGUCAUUGGAGGAUGCGUACGACGUCUCCUUCAGUGGGAUUUUGGAUCUGAGCAAAGGUAGAGAUUCAACUAAUUUGGUUUCUUCUACAAGCAGCCGCAUGAACAGCCUUGAAACCAUAUACUUCCACAACUUACAUAAUAUUUCAAAGUUGCUAAUUAGUGGAGAGAUUUGUCCCAAACUUCAAUCAUUGAAAGUUCGACACAUGGAUAAUCUAAAAGAAGUGCACUUAGAGCAGCUAGAGAGACUGAAUACUCUUGACAUGUGGAAAUGCCCCAAAUUGGAAACAAUAUCAGGGUUAUCUUCUCCAACAGGGGUUCAAAUGUUAAAAGUUAGAUUUGGGGAUUUAAAAAUUAGGAUGUCAUCAGCUGCAGAGCGUAGGUGGGGUGGAAGAGCGGAAAUUGACGUGCCUGAGGAUGGAUACGCAUGGUUACGGAAUUGCAUUGAAGGAUGGUUGCCACUAUAUAGAGGGAAUGCCGCUAUAACAGGGAUGGCAGUGGAUACAGCAUUGUUCAAGUUGAAUGAAAAUCUGUUUUCUGAUGUGAUCGACAGCCAAACAGUCAUUGAGAUUGAGAAAGGAGAGUAUUCCCUACAAAUGAAAAGCUCACGGAGUGAAUUCUCUAUACAUGCUCUUCUUGUAAGGUCUGGUAGUAAUCCUUACUUAGAAUUUCAAUCUGAAAUCACGUAUUUGCAUCCCUUGCCAUUUGGAAGUGAAUUGAUGCUUACAGUUUUACAAAUCCCGUAUAGUAGAAAUGAUGUUAGGCUGAUAAGCGUCCCAAUAGAGAAGGGGUUUCGGGCCAGGGUGAAUAUGAUGGAAAAAGGGAAAGCUUUAAUUAUAUUGCAAAGGAUUAUUGACAGAUUAUAUAAAAGCUUCCAGCAUAUGACGCGGUGAAGGAAUAACAAAGUAAAAAGCACUGGUAACUCUGAUUUACUUACUUUGACUGUCAGCUGUUCAAAGCUUUGGUCAAGUCUUCAAUUUCUAAUAUUUUAUGUAUGGAGUUUUAUCCUUUAUUCAAUUUGAAAAAGGAACCUAUCAAUCUUGUGGAUUUUGAAAAUGAAUAGCAAUUUACACUUCUUUUGUGUC